CUACUAGACUGCUAGUGCCGCUAGUGCUUAAUGAGAAACCAUUUUAGCGCUUUCUUAAAAACAAUUCCUUCUCGCUAAACAGUUCUAUAUAUACAAUGGGACCACCUGUAAAGAUUGGAAUAAUUGGUGGGUCCGGCCUAGACGACAGCCAAAUAAUUGAAUCUCGUUCGGAAAAAGUAGUUAAUACUCAUUUUGGAAAUCCAUCUGAUGUCUUGAUUGAGGGUAAAAUUGCUGGAGUUGAUUGUGUUCUGUUGGCACGCCAUGGCCGAAAUCAUUCUAUAAUGCCAUCCAAUGUUAAUUAUCGUGCAAAUAUUUGGGCUCUAAAAUCUCUUGGGUGCACCCACCUAAUUGUAUCCACUGCUGCUGGUUCUCUACAGGAAAACAUUCAUCCUGGAGACAUUGUUAUUCCAGAUAAUUUUAUUGACCGUACCACUAAAAGGACGCAAACGUUUUACGAUGGCAAUGAGUUGCUUGUAGGUGUUUGUCAUAUUACGAUGGAGCCUGCCUUUUGUACUCAAACUCGUAAAGCAUUGAUAGAUACCGCUAAAGAACUGGGCAUAGGUGUACACGACAAAGGAACCGUAGUAACUAUUGAAGGCCCACGGUUCUCUAGCAAGGCCGAAAGUAAACUCUUUCGUCAGUGGGGAGCCGAUCUGGUAAAUAUGACAUUGGUCCCAGAAGUUGUAUUAGCCAAGGAGGCUGGACUCUGUUAUGCAGCCAUAGCGAUGGCAACGGAUUACGACUGCUGGAGAGAUUGUGGUGAAAAUGUUAAUGUAGCGGACGUGAUGGCUACAUUUAAGAAAAAUGUCACAAAAGUAACAGAGUUGAUUACAGCUGUCAUUCCAAAAAUUGCUGCUAUUGAUUGGACUGAUACGUUUGAAGAUUUGAAGAACGUCGUAAAUGGAAGUAUAAUGCUACCUCAUUCAAACUAGACCUGGUUUUCUUUAAGCUUAAGCAUUUCCUUUGAUUGUCUGUUCGUAAAUAACUAGGGAGAAAUGCACAAAUAUGUGUCACCCUUGCUAAUCAGUAAUUGAUGUGUCAUAUCGAAUUGUAACUAGUCAAUUGCAAUGAAAACCAUGAUUUAAGCGGUCAAUAAAACAAGCUAAUGCAAAGUUUGACAGCACGAAAAAAUAUGUUUUAUUUG